AUAACUAUGUCAAUGUCAGACGUAAUUUUGUUGUGAUCAAGUUUAUCUCAGUUCAACAAAAAUAAAUAGCACAAAGAUUAAAAAUAAAUAGGCACGAAUCACAAUGUCCGAUGAUAAAACUGACGAAGUGGACGUUAUGUACGGAUUAAAAACAGUUCUAGCACAAAUCGAAGGCGCUGUAGCCAGAAGAAGUAAGGAUCUCCCGCAAAUCUCACCAAAAUUAGUAGCUGUAUCAAAAAUCAAACCUGUGCCAUUAAUAAUACAAGCAUACGAAGCUGGACAGCGGCACUUUGGAGAGAAUUAUGUAAACGAAUUGGUUGAAAAAGCACAUGAUCCACAGAUUUUGGAGAAGUGUAAAGAAAUAAAAUGGCACUUUAUUGGACACUUGCAAAGUAAUAAAGUUAAUAAGUGUCUUGGUGCACCAGGGUUGUAUGUUGUGGAAACAGUGGAAUCAGAGAAAUUGGCUUAUAAUCUAAAUAAGCAAUGGGUGAAAUUUAGGAAGGAGGAUGAAAAGUUGAAUGUCAUGGUGCAGGUCAAUACUAGUGGGGAAGAAGCUAAAAAUGGAAUCGAGCCUUCACAAGCCACAAACCUUGUGGAAUAUGUGAUUAAACAGUGUCCCAACCUCAACUUCCAAGGUUUGAUGACGAUUGGCCAGUAUGAUUAUGACACAUCUCUCGGCCCAAAUCCUGACUUUCUAUCACUCGCCAAGUGUAGACAGGAAGUUUGCGAGAAGCUAAACUUGGAUAUAAAUAAUGUCGAAUUAUCUAUGGGAAUGUCAACAGAUUUUGAACAUGCUAUUGAAUUAGGAGCUACAACUGUUCGAGUGGGUUCUAAAAUCUUUGGAGCCAGACCACUGAAGAAGCAUUAGUAAUACAAACAAUGAUUGUAUCAAUGAUGAUGUUAAAGGAUGUAUAAUAUUAUUUAUUAUUAAAAACAUUGAAAUAGAUUAUAAGCCAUGGUGUUUCACAAAAUAUUUUUCUAUCCCAAUAAAUACUAACUGUAGAAUAGAAUUAGUACUGAACUGAUUUGAAUUAGGUUUUACUUCUAAACAAGGUUGACAGAUUCCGGUAGAUUUUCAGCCGAUGUACUUAUGGCAAAUUCUGUAUUUUCACUAUGGUCACACUGGCAGGGAAACGUCACUGACAGUGACAGAUGAAUUGUGUUUUUUUUUUCUGUGAUGUCUGUGAUCGCGUGCGUUGCGUUGUGUUCGCCACGAAAGUUGUGAUUUGUGAAUUUAAUAAAUUGAGCGAAAUUGUGUUAGUAUUUUACAU